GCAUAUACCAUACAAUCAAGACGCAAGAAUUUUACAUCACUACUCACAUUUUUGAAGCGUCCUGCACACCUCUCUCUCUCUUUCUCUCUCUCUCUCUCUCUCUCUCUCUCUCUCUCUGCACGUCUUCCAUGUCGAAGUAUCCUAUGACCCAACAAAAUUCGCCGGAAAAAGAAAAGCUUCAGGGUUCUAUGGCGGAAGAAGGUGGUAGAGACGAGAAAAUUCAUGACCAGUCGUCAAAGCAUGAUAAUUCCUACGAUUGCCGAACUCCGGCUUCUGAAGAUCACAAGAUUCCGACGUCGACGAUCUGCCCUCCGCCACCGCGUAAACGGCUGCGCAAGAGGAAGUUGCCGGCAUCCCCGCAGUUGCCCAAAAGCCAGCUCAAACCGGAGGAGAUAGAGGAGUUCUUUAAGUCCGUCAUGGAGCCGAGUGAAGUUACAUCGCCGGCGGUUAAGAAGAGAAAAUAUAAAUUAAUCUUUCAGAACACACACAUGAAAGUGAAAUAGAAGUGAGAAAGACCUUAAAGAGCACAUACUCCCGGCAUAUUCAUAUAUGGCAUCUGAAGUAGCAAAAGAAUGAAGACCUCUCUCUUUAUUAUAUUUUCAUUUAUUCUUUUGGGUAUGUAAUAUUUAAUAUGGUCUAUAAUAUCUGCAUCACAUGCAUGACAGGACUAAAAGCUCAAUGACCAUUGAAAAGACUUCGGUCGGCUGACGCCAUGUUUUUGGGCUAAA